UAAAUCACAACGGCCCAAAAUUAAUACCCAAAUAUAAAAUAAGAAUAAAACCCUCAUUUUCGUCUCCUCGCAGAGUAUUGUGCCAACAAGGAGGAGGAGGAGAAGCCGUAGCUGCCGCAUCGCCGUCGUACCUCCACCAGAAGCCAUGGCUGUACCUUUGUUGAACAAGAAGAUUAUCAAAAAGCGUGUGACAAAGUUCACGAGGCACCAAAGCGAUCGAUUCGUCUCUGUAAAGGCUAAUUGGCGCAGGCCCAAGGGUAUUGAUUCCCGUGUAAGGAGAAAGUUCAAAGGAUGCACUCUUAUGCCCAACAUUGGUUACGGUUCAGACAAGAAAACGCGUCAUUUUCUUCCCAACGGAUUUAAGAAGUUUCUUGUCCACAAUGUUGAAGAGCUCGAAGUUCUUAUGAUGCACAAUAGGAAAUAUUGUGCUGAAAUAGCACAUAGUAUUUCUACCAAGAAAAGGAAGGAUAUUGUCGAGAGGGCUGCACAGCUGGAUGUUGCUGUAACUAACAAAUUAGCUAGGUUACGAAGCCAGGAAGACGAGUAAGUUCUUUAUUACCUAUUCUUUUUAGAUGUUAAUUUAGAUAGCAAUCAGAAGACUGAAAAGACAAAUUUUUUGGACGUAAAAAUGUUUUGGGUUUAGAUUUACUAUUUUAAUUUGGAUAUGCGAUAAAAAAAUUGGUCUAUAGUUCCGAUUUUGCUAUAGCUGUUUUUUAUUUUAAUGCCGUUUUCGAAGACAGAAUCUUCUUUUUUUCGAUUGAAUUCAAAUAGAUUUACUUAGUUGAAAA